CUGUUUCUAAUUUCAUUCAGUUUCACUCGCCCGCGAAGCUCCAUCGACGAAAAGGAAGAUUUCUCUCUCUCUAAGAUGGAGCAGAAAGACCAAGUUCGAGACUACAUCGAGUAUGAAGAAGUUGGAGUUCCAUCGCAUAUACGGCGUACGAAACGACCGUCGUGCAUGGAGCGCCCUAGCAAAUUCAGCAUCCUGAUGGUAGUUCAAUUUAUUCUUGCUGGUGUUGCGAAUAUAGGCGCCUGGCUUUGGAUUACUCGUGGCCAUCGAGAUGCGCUGGACGAGGAGUGGAAUCAUUGUGGACGGUCAAGUGAAGAGGCCAUGCAACGCGGAUGUGUCAUGGAGCCAUUAUUCUACGGCUGGAUGCCCAAACAGUGCGUGUACAAAGAGCUUUCGGACCGCUAUCCGGUGUUUGAAGACAGAAAAUGGUAUCUCGAAAAGGAUAUGAUAAAUGAAGUCGAAUCGGAGGCACUUUGGCGUGGAAGCAAUAUCAAGGUCUACACACACAUCUAUCAUGGGGAACACUGCUUAUUCCAGUGGCGGAAAAUCAUGUUCGCUAUUAACAACCAUGAGCAAUACAUCGACAACAAGACGAUUAGUAUUCAUCACUCCAGCCACUGCGCAGACCAGCUUACAGUGGGGAGAGAAGGAGAUGACGCCAUCAAUGAGGUGGAGCUUGGCUUUUAUCGUUGUAGAAAUACGAUUUGGGCGAGCUAAAAACUUAAGACUACGAUACAAGAAGGAUUUGGAACGGCCAGAAAGAAAGAAAAAAAUUUUGAU